AUGUCGUCCAUGCGUGGCCUUGUCCAGUUCAUAGCCGACCUCCGAAAUGCUAGAGCCCGAGAACUCGAGGAAAAGCGCAUCAACAAGGAGUUGGCCAAUAUAAGACAGAAAUUCAAGAGUGAGAAAUUGGAUGGAUACCAGAAGAAGAAAUAUGUCUGUAAGCUGCUUUACAUCUACAUCCAAGGGUACAAUGUCGACUUCGGACACCUCGAAGCCGUCAACCUCAUCUCCGCUACCAAGUACUCGGAGAAGCAGAUCGGCUACCUAGCAGUCACUCUCUUCCUACACGAGCAGCACGAAUUGUUGCAUCUGGUGGUCAAUAGCAUACGGAAAGAUUUGCUCGAUCACAAUGAACUCAAUAAUUGUCUGGCAUUGCACGCCGUUGCUAAUGUCGGAGGAAGAGAAAUGGGAGAAGCCCUGUCUGCGGAUGUCCACCGCCUCUUGAUUUCGCCAACCUCCAAGUCCUUCGUGAAGAAGAAGGCUGCAUUGACCCUGCUUCGGCUCUACCGGAAAUAUCCAGGCAUUCUUCAAGCGGAAUGGGCAGAGAGAAUAAUAUCUUUGAUGGACGACCCGGACAUGGGGGUAGUGCUGUCUGUAACUUCCCUGGUCAUGGCGCUGAUUCAGGAUCACCCAGAAGCAUACAAGGGAAGUUAUAUCAAGGCUGCUCAAAGGUUGCGGAAGAUUGUCGUUGACGGCGACAUAUCGCCAGAUUAUCUUUAUUACAAGGUGCCGUGCCCGUGGAUUCAAGUGAAGUUUUUGAAGCUGCUGCAGUACUAUUCUCCUUCAGAAGACUCCCACGUUCGAGACAUUAUUCGAGAAUCACUGCAAGCUGUGUUGGCAGCAGCCACAGAGACCCCGAAGAAUGUCCAGCAGAACAACGCGCAAAAUGCGGUUCUCUUCGAAGCUAUCAACCUCCUCAUUCACCUAGAUACGGAACAUCAAUUGAUGAUGCAGAUUUCCUCCAAGCUGGGCCGCUUUAUCCAGUCACGAGAGACAAAUGUGCGCUAUCUGGGUUUGGAUGCCAUGACCCAUUUCGCUGCGAGAUCUGACACUUUGGAUCCCAUCAAGAGGCACCAAAGCAUCAUUAUCGGAUCGCUGCGAGAUCGUGAUAUCAGCGUGCGGAGGAAGGGACUGGAUUUACUCUACAGCAUGUGCGACACUACAAAUGCACAACCUAUCGUGAACGAACUUCUAAAGUACCUGCAGUCUGCAGACUAUUCUCUCCGGGAGGAAAUGACGUUGAAGAUUGCUAUUCUGACGGAAAAAUAUGCCACCGAUGCUCAAUGGUACAUUGAUAUAUCGCUACGGCUAUUGGCAAUGGCGGGUGAUCACGUCAGCGACGAGGUGUGGCAGAGAGUGGUGCAAAUAGUCACCAACAACGAGGAGCUACAGCCUUACGCAGCACAACACAUUUUCGAGUAUCUGCGAACAGACAACGCACACGACACUCUGGUCAAGAUUGGCGGAUACAUCCUUGGGGAGUUCGGACACUUGAUUGCAGAUAACAAAGGAUGCAGCCCGAUUGAGCAACUGAUGGUUCUUCAGACCAAGAUGAUUUCAGCUCCUGAUGCGACGAGGGCGCUACUACUCUCGACAUUUGUCAAAUUUGUCAACCUCUUUCCCGAGAUCAAGCCACAGCUGCUUCAGAUGUUCCAGUUUUACAGCCAUUCUCCAGACUCGGAAUUACAGCAAAGGGCGUGCGAAUAUCUGGCGAUUGCAACGAUGCCCACUGACGAUCUGUUGAGGACAAUCUGUGAUGAAAUGCCGCCGUUUUCUGAAAGAGCAUCAAUAUUGCUUCAACGGCUGCACAAAAAGAGUGUCGGAAUAAGUGAGCGGAGGACGUGGCUUGUGGGUGGAAAGGAUGCCAAUGCUGAUAAGCAGGAGGUGUUACUAGCCCAACAGACUGGGCUCAAGCGAACAUUUACUACUAUCGUGAAUGGAGGAGCAAAAUCCAACACCAACGGCACGGCGCCGAAAAAUGUUACGAACGGAACAGGCACCGCUUCGAAAGACCUCGAAGGCCUCGACAUGAACGGACAUGCAGGUGACGCUCCAGUCACGAAUCUAGCCGAUGCUGCUCAUCUCUCCCCUGAUUGGGAGAUUGGCUACGAACAGAUGUAUUUCGCUAAUGAAGGCGUUCUAUAUGAAGAUCCGCAAAUUCAGGUUGGUAUGCGAGCUGAAUACCGUGGCCACCUGGGAGUGAUCAAGCUGUACUACACCAACAAAGCAUCCUUCGCCAUAGGGUCUUUUACAACGACGCUGGACAACAAAUCUGCACCAGCAUUGAAGAUCGACACAAAGAGCUUACCUGACUCCAAUGUGGGCGCGGACUCCCAAGUGCAACAGACUAUAGUAUGUACAUCCAUUGCGCCGUUUUCGGAAUCACCCACGAUCCGGAUAUCUUAUCUUGCGGGAGCACUGCAAGGAUACACACUCAAAUUGCCCAUUCUGGCUCACCGAUUUAUGGAUCCCUCGGAGCUUUCUGCCGAGGACUUUUUCAAGCGAUGGCGACAGAUUGGUGGAGGAGCAUUGGAAGCGCAGAGUACAUUUGGUCUUCGGACCCCAGCAACUGAGAUGAGUGAUAAAUUCACUCGCGAGACUGUGUUGGGGUUCCGAUGGAGAAUUCUGGACAAUGUCGAUCCAAAUCCGAAGAACAUCGUGGGCUGUGCAGUUCUGCAGCUUGAGAAGGGUAAGACGGGAUGUUUGUUACGAUUGGAACCGAACCAACAGCAGAAGGUAUGUUUGCUGAGGUUAUGA